AGCCGGUAAAAUUACUUGUAAAGUGCGUUUAGAAAGAUGGUGCAGAAAAUACUUAUGAUUUGUUUGGGCAACAUCUGCCGCUCGCCCAUUGCGGAAGUUGUAAUGGUGGAAACGCUGGCCAAAGCCAAGAUGUCGGAUGUAGAGGUGGAUAGCGCCGCCAUUGGCUCCUGGCAUGUGGGAAACCGGGCGGAUCCCAGGGCCAUCAGCACUCUGAAGCAACAUGACCUUAAGUGCACCCACAUAGUGCGCCAGAUCCGGAAGCAGGACUUCAACGAGUUCGACUACAUCUUCGGCAUGGACGAGGAAAACAUGAGCGAGCUGCGACGCCUGGCGCCCAAGGACUCCAAGGCGGAACUCCUUAUGCUGGGUGACUUUGGUUUGGACAAGAAGAACCGUAUCAUAGAGGAUCCCUACUAUGAACGUGGAGCGGAGGGCUUCGAGACCGCCUAUCAGCAGUGUGUGGUGGCAUGUGCCGCCUUCAUGAAAGAGCGGCUGCAAAAGUGAAUCUAGUAGUGAAUUAUACUUUGUUAUUUAAAUUAAUAAAUGUCAAGUACAAAAUCGUGAA